AUGAUCUACAGUGGAUUCCAUCUAGAGGCACAGAAGCUUUCUCACACUGUCCUGUUAAGAAAUGCGACUUGCAAAGAGGACNCAGGGUUGCCCUUUAGUAAGGAUGUUGACCUUGUCAUCUUCCACUUUAAUGUAAACAUGGAAAGAACCCAUGAACACAGGGAUCAGAUUUGGGUUCUUUGGACCCAAGAAAGCCCAACUAUGUAUUCAUCCAUGAAAUCACCUCCACACUCCAUCAAUUGGACAGCCACUUAUCGCAAAGACUCUGACAUACCCUUGUUGAUGGGGAAAUGGAUGUAUUUCAAUGAGCAGAUUAAAGCCCAACCUCAAACUGAGAACCUGGCAAAAAACAAGACCAAGAAGGUGGCCAUGUUCACUUCAAAUUGUAAUGCAAAGAACAAUCGUCUGCAAUAUGCCAAAGAGCUCAGCAAACAUAUACAAGUUGACAUUUAUGGAAGAUGUGGGAGUCUGAAAUGUUCUAGAAACAAUAAGAGCAAAUGCUUUGAGAUGCUGAAGAGGGAUUACAAGUUUUACUUGGCUUUUGAAAACAGCAACUGCAGGGAUUACAUAACAGAAAAAUUCUUUGACAAUGCUUUGCAGAACAAUGUGAUACCAAUUGUCAUGGGAGCAGAAAAGAAGGAUUACUUGGAAGUUGCGCCCUUGAACUCAUUCCUGCAUGUUGAUGACUUUGAGUCUCCAAAAUCACUUGCCAAGAAACUCCAGGAAAUUGACAAGGAUGAUGGUCAAUUCAACUCCUUUUUCCAGUGGCAUGGGACAGGACAAUUUGCAAGAAUGUUUGAAAAUUUCAUGUGCCUCUUAUGUGCCAGGCUGCAUGACCCUCAUAAGAAGCCAAAGAGCUAUCCAAACACAAGGGGGUGGUGGCAAAAGGAUGCUUGCAGAGAUUCAAGACCAAUUCAUACAGAAACUCCAUGAAUUUUCAUUUUCCUAGGUUUAUCAUUCCUUCAUAUAAAAAAGUAACUUACACUCUAUUUGAACAGUUACUGUUAUGGAGAGAAAAUGCACAGCUGAGAAACACCCAGCAGUGAAGGUCCCUCCUCUCCAAACUUUCAUUUCCUUUGAGAAGCAGUCUUAUUCAAACAGCCUUUAUUGGCAAAAAUCACUACUGUACUCUCUUUGUAUUCCUUCUAUAUCUUUGAAUAGUAGUUUUCUGCCUUUAGAUUUUUUAGUUGCACACAAAUUUGUCUUUAUUAACUUGUGGUGUGAUUUCAGUGUAUCCUUUUUGUGAAUUGUGUCAGUUCUUAUGGAACAAUAAAUUGUUCUGAAGAGAGGAUCACA